AUGCCACGUUGUCGCAAAGAAAAAAAGUUACCGUACAGAAAUGAUGAUGGGUUCCAAAAUAUGAAGAGUUCUGUUUUUAGAGAUGGAGAACGUAACUUGCGAAAUUACGCGGACCCAGUAGACGAUCGUAUGAAAGAUGCAUACGAUCGUACAAAAUCGUCCGAUAUAUACAAAGACUUGUCAAACAAUGCAAGGUCGUAUCCAAAAUGGAAUGAUUACGAUCGUUCACGUCCGAUCAAUUCAUAUAGAAUUGAAGAUAGCGCAUUCAGCCGAAAUAUUCGAGAUGGAUACGAACCACCAUAUACUGCUCCACAAACGAAUAACUUAAUGGGUGAUUUACCAGUAUCUAGAAACAUUCGAGAUGGAUAUGAACCACGACACUUAUCUCCGUAUCAAAAUCGUUCAAAUAAUUUAAUGGGUGAUUUACCAGGAACAAGGAACAUUCAAGAUGCAUAUGAGCCUCAUUAUAUUCCUGUGAAAUCAAACCGUCCGAAUCAUUACGUGAAUAAUAUGUCAGAACCUAGGAAUAUUCAAAAUGAAUUUGAACCACGUCGAUACACAAACAGUUUCAUGGGUGAUUUACCAACCCCGAGUUCAGUUUCUAAUAAUGGAAACACAUAUUCAUACUCUAUUCCACAGCGUCCCAAUUUGAAAAUAGUUCGCGAGGAAAAUAAUUUUAACAGAUAUGUGACUGUGGUGUGUCAAUUUUCACUCACUUUACAAACUUUUCGGAUUUAA